UCAUUUUAACGGAGGAACAAAAAUGGCCAUGCAUUUCUGGGUUUAGUUGUUCGCAGACUGAGUGAAAAAAAACACUAAAUUAUGUUUUCAGACACUUGAGAACAGAAGGACCACAGUUCAAAGAAGCCAAACUAGAGUGCGGACGGAUCUUCUGGUAGUUGAGUUCUUCUUAAAAUCGGCGAUACAGUAUCGUUUAGAAGCCCAGCCAAUCAAUUAUUAAACUGACGCUAAUGGCUUCUUCUUGCUAGCAGCAACAGCACUCCGCUGCCGAAAAGGCUGAUUAUUUCCCUGUAAAAUAAGCCGACACGGUAACUACAACUUCCAGUUUUCAGCCGGGCAUCGUUUCGGACUGUGGCCGUGUUUUGACGUGUCGGGAAGGUGCUGCUGCUCUGGCGCUGACGGGUGUCGGGAAUCCCGUCGCAGUCCAGUGUUUGUUUCUUUGGCCGGCUAACCGAGGCUAGCUCAGGCUUGCGAUACUAUCGCGAUAGUUAACAGCAGUAGCAUUAGCAGCAGCUAGCGCCACGGAGCUAACGCCCAGGUUUUCGUGAGGAAACAGUCUUUAUUAUACUAAAAAUCGCCAAUAGGCUACUUCACCGAGUGGGACAAAUGCACAUAAACCAGUUGGAGGUCAUUCCUGGGUGACAGACGAGAAGAUAGUGGAUGCUUUGACUUAAGCUGCCGUGGGACUUUGGUUGGGGCUGCUGCGUCCCCUUGUGCUUAGAGUGCUCUUCUCUACACCACGUCCUGGUGCAGAGUGAUGACCUCACAGCAGCAUCCUCUCCCCCACGCAAACACCAGCCCUCCCUUACUCAUCCCCCGGGACCCUUCUGCUAGCCAAGGCAGGCCCUCCACACAUCCCAGUCAGUCAGACUCUUCACAGAGCAACCCUUCUGGUACGGCCACAGGCCGGGACAUUAACAUGGGUGGUGUAGGUUCCCCUUCAUCGCUUGGGGACACCAGUGGAAGUGGUCUAAACAGAGUUGUGCCCUCAACGUCAGCAGUUUCAUCGUCAUCACGGAGGCCGCUGACUGGCCGUUCUGAGCCAUGGCCGGAGGAGGCAGUGGACAACACGUAUGGACUGUACUCCUUGCACCGCAUGUUUGAGAUUGUGGGAGCCCAGCUGACCCACCGUGAUGUGCGGGUGCUUUCCUUCCUGUUUGUUGACGUUAUUGAUGAAUAUGAGCGUGGGGGCAUCCGAAGUGGGCGGGACUUCCUGCUGGCUUUGGAGAGGCAGGGUCGUUGCGAUGAAACAAACUUCAGGCAUGUCCUGCAGCUGCUACGCAUCAUCACCAGGCAUGACUUGCUGCCGUACGUCACGCUCAGAAAGAGGCAGACUGUGUGCCCAGACCCAGUGGACAAGUAUCUGGAGGAGACAUCUGUACGUUACGUGUCUCCUAGAGGAGGCGAGAACAAGGAACCCACUAGCCACAGAAGGACAGGUCCGCAGCCUGUUAUUUGCUGCUCCCCAACAGGUCCCCAGGUGUGCCCGCCACGUGUUAAACCAGGCCCUCCUGUACCUAGCCGCAAGAGGAAGAGGGCCCACACUGCGGCUGACUGCAGAGAGAAACAGACCUGUGAUAUCCGCCUGCGGGUCCGUGCUGAGUAUUGUCAGCAUGAGUCAGCUUUGCAAGGUAAUGUCUUCUCUAACAAGCAAGAGGCUCUGGAGAGACAAUUUGAGAGGUUCAACCAGGCAAACACCAUCUUGAAGUCCAGAGACCUGGGGUCUAUCAUCUGUGACAUCAAGUUUUCAGAGCUAACCUACUUAGACGCUUUUUGGCGGGACUAUAUCAAUGGCUCACUAUUGGAGGCAUUAAAGGGUGUCUUCAUCACAGACUCACUCAAGCAGGCUGUGGGCCAUGAGGCCAUCAAGCUCCUGGUCAACGUAGAUGAAGAGGACUACCAGGCUGGGAGACGUAAGCUGCUCCGGAACCUGGUCGCGGGCACAGGAGCUGGAGGGAGCAGAGAGCCUGCUUUGUUAUAGGGCUUGUGUCUGUCUGGGAAAGAUGGGGCAGAGGCACUGGUCCCAUGCAAGUGUCUCAGAUAAGGGACAAGUAGGAUGUACAAAGAUCAUAACUUGGGAAUGUUGUGUGCAGGACAAGAAAUUGUAUCUGGUAUACAGUAUGUGAGAUUUAUUGUGAAGAUUAGGGAGGAGUAGAACCAGUUUGUUACCCCUGUCAUUUGUUGUGCUUUGGGUGAGAUGUUGAAGAGAGGGCCUGGGGAAGUCUGAUGUUGGGAAAUGUUGGCAGCAUGUUGUGUGCAGAAAUAAUUUCCUGACUCGGAUGGGUUUUGGUGUGGACUCUAGAUUGCAAUGUGAACAUUUCCCACACCGUCAAAGUCAUGUCUGAGGUUAAGAUGGGUGUCAAGAGUUCCCACUGUUUUCAGCUGUGCUUGCUUUAUUGUGCAUUGGAAAGGUUUCGUUAGUAGAAGUCCUGCAAUCCCCUGCAUGGGAUCCGCUACCAGGAGAGCUGCUGUUCAUGUGUUUGACCACCAUUAUAGAUCAACAAACUACUGGCAACUCGCUGCAGCUGUCUGACCAGCAGAGUUGUAUUCAGUUAGUUCCUGCAAUCCAGUUUUUUUUUUUUUUUUGUUUUUUUUUUUUUAAAUGGGAGGAAAAACCUUUAGUCAGCUUUGUUACUGAUGUGAAUGCCCUUUAAUUCUUGUUCUGAAUCUCCAAUUAGAAGAUGGAAACAUUUCCAUAGUUAGUGUUUUGUUCUGACUCCUAAAUGCGAUUUGAGUUGUUUGCCAACACCUACUUGCAGGAUAUCGUGAGGUUUUCUUGCCCUUCAUUUGGGAUGUGUGUAAAAGUGGAAUUGCACACCUAUAAAAGUAGUAUAAAUUGUUACAUUGGGUAUUGAUUUAAAACUGUUUAUUAGACUGUAAAACCAUCUGCAUUGUAAAGAAUGUAAGGGCAAUGGCAUGUACAGUCCUCUCCUGACUAUGACAAUGACCCCCCCUUUCGUUCCAUAAACUAAGUCAGUCAUCCUGCCUGGUAUGGUAUGUAGAGCAUAAAUGUAUACAUUUGAACUGCUUGGGAAUGGUAAUCGGAACAGUUGAAACACGUUGACACAGUCUGGUGACAAAAAGGCUCAAGAUCACUUCUGUCGAGGUUCUGUGACAAUGUAUGAAGGUAGAGACGUUAAGACUGACCAUAACGAAGUGGAGAUGGACAAAGAAGAAAAUAUAUACUGUGAAUGUCCUGUUGCUCCUAAAUUUUGUUUUGAAGAAGGGAAGGAAGUUCUUGAGAAGAGAAUUAUUUUUUGUGGUAAUUACAACCAGUAGAGUAAAUUGGGUGUUUGACAGUUCCAAGAAAGCCAAUUUUGUGCCAUUUUAAUCACACAGAAUGUUUGCAGUGGUGUUGAACUAUGGAGAUUGUCACAGACCUGUCCUCCCUUCCAUUGUACAUAUAUAAAUAGGUUAACAUUCAGCUUACAUUUAUAAGAAUCUGCUUGCUCAGUGUGUCUGCGCUUGUAUGAGGCCAAGAGUACACCCAAGAGUUGUCCAUGAUAAGUUGUCUUGGAAAAUCAAGAGGCAGUGUACAUUGUUACAUUCUUUAAUUUGUGUUUUAAUUUAUAUAUUUCAGUAAUAUUUUCAUGUUUUGUGUGAGGUGCUUCAUACAAAUAAAAAAAAAAAUCCUAUAUUUAAAAUAGAGCAUCAGUACAAAAGUGGUAAGUCGCCAGACCUUACCGAGUAAUGCUAUUAAAAUACUUGGGUCACCAACAAACUGCCACUGGUUUUUAGAUUUUCCUGGUGGAAUAAUAUGACAAAAGCUGGAAAAUUGGUAUCUAUUAUAUAGGUUAUAAUAUUAUAUACAUACAGUUAGUGUGUUUGGUAAGUCCCCAUGAAUCUGAUGUAUUGGAAAAAACUAUAAAUCACACUGACAUAGAAUUAAAGUAAAUAUGAAAUGUUAUGAUAGCUUUGGAAGAUGAUUAGUCCUCUUCAGCUGCUAUUAAUACAAUUAUAGAUCUAAAAGAGAUCAUUUUAGUUUUUUUCCAUUGUUUUAUGUUUUGUAUUGUGGUAUUUACAGUUGUUUUCGCCAUAGCCAAAGUAUUCAGAACUAAAUUGGCCUGUGAAACACAGCCUGAAGGGGCCACACUGGAACGUAUUGGAUAGAGCACUUUAUUUUUACAGUGUCUAAAACUUAACCUGUAUAAACCUCCAUUUGUCCUGCAGUACAGAGAUGUUUGAAAUGCAACAAAACACCACCCUUACUUUUUGCCUUACCACUUUGCAAUGAGUUUUCCCCAUAUUAAAUUAUUUUAAUUUUGACCAAGAGAGAUUGUCCUUUUCAGUGUGGGUAUUUCUACAUAAUGGGUAGAUUGUUACAUUAAUUGUCAGUAUAAAUCA